GAAGUGUUUUGCAUACUGUGCCACAUUCGCUUGCAAUGCCUUUCAACUAAACUGGUGUGUAAACUUAACACUUACAUUGUGUUUUUGGUUUCUUAAUUUUUCAUAAAGUCAGUUUCCCAUUACAGCUGAAAAUCUAACAUUAACCAGUUUUUCCUUGAAUUGAGUCCAACACUUUGUAUGCUUUUAUUGCGCGCGCGUCUGAAGGUGACACUCUGUGUCUCAUAACGGAACUGAGAGUGUCAUUUAAUAUCAUUGUUUAUUGUUAAAGAACAGAGAGCUUACGGACGUCACCUGGCAGGCAUGGAUAAGUUAAAACCUUUGCUUAGUUUCACUCAGAAACAGCAGACCAAUUUAGGAUUCGGAUUGAUUGCUCUUAUAACUGCUGGUAGCGAGCACAUCUUCUCGGUCUUUGCUUUUAAGUGUCCUUGCAAUGAUUGGAAUUUCGUUUAUGGCAACGUCUGCCUCCUCGUACCCGCGCUUGCACUGCUCAUCUUGAGUUACAUGUUGAGCAAUAAAACAUGGAAAUUGUUCACGGGUCUGUGCCUUAGGAAAUCGAAGCUAUGUCGUUUAAAUUACGCGAUUGGCUUUUUGUGUGUUUUUCUUCAAAUCACCACGACUGCGAUGGUCGCUCCUCUCAGCUGGAUCGCAGUGGCUUUACUCAGAGGGGUGUAUUUCGAAUGCUCGAUGACUGGCGCCAACAUUACACUUUUUAGACGCCACCUUUGCAACGAUAAGUUUCCUCGCUGUCGGACAGAGCUGGAGAAGUUCCCUUGUGAUGGAACCACAAUUCCACAGAGUGAGAGAGUGGCUUUGCUGUCCAUCAUACGCGCAGAGUCGCAGGUACUUGGCUGGAUCCUUAUAGGUUCUGUGAUGACAUUCACCUUUCUGCUCACAUGCAUGGCCAGAUGCUAUUCUCCAAUCAGUUACAUGCAGCUGAAGUUUUGGAGGAUGUACACUCAGAAGGAGAGUGAGUUUUUGGACAGCUAUACAGCUCAGCAUGCCGAAAAUCUUGCAAAGAGAAACAUAACAAGUUUCUUUGAUUUAAUCAAACCCAUUCCUAUGAAUAGUCCACCUAGACAGGCCUGGGAGAAGAUCUCCUCCUUCUACAAGUUCCGAAGCAUGGACAAAUACUACAGCAUCCUGCACAAGUAUGUGUGCACUUGUGAGGACCUUGAAAAUCCAGCAGUAAGGCCAUCAAUGAGGUCUGAAAAUGAUUUUUCAAACCCAGCAGCACUUGCAUUUGUGGAUGAAGGCAAACUGGUCCUGUAGGCGCUGGCUAAUUGACAGCUUUUCAUGCUUUACCCUGUUAUUAUGGCCAUAAACAGAGCUGUACUUGCUUCUUUAUUUUCUGUGCCUUUUACAGUGUCAGUUCACUGUUCUUCUAGUAUUGCUAUUUUAGCUUUUUUUUUUAAUUGUAUGAUUUUAACAUUACUGGGGUUUUGUUGUUUAAUUUUAUUUUUGUCUGUCAAUAUAUUUUUGAUAUGAACAUUAAAAAACUUUGCUUAUGGCAAGUAGAAUUUUUCAUAAUUGUCAGUUGUUUUCCUUAUUCAUUGGUAUUUGAACAGCUGUGCCCUGACCUUUUCUAAAGGACUGUAC